CAACGAGCGGAGCGUCUGGGGGUUAAAAUGCGGCAAGUUGUCACAGUCGGGAGGUACAGCUGGUGUGCAUCUACAGGUCGUCUCAGUCGACAGUCGAUGUGACGCGAGUCCACAUCGUGGGACAUUGCACAAGCAGACAUUUCAAAACUGCUCCAUAAUCUGCAGCAGCUGCCGUAGAAUCAGGACGACUCAGCGGCAUCGACGGAAUGGCCACGGAGAGGGCAGCCAUGCAGAGCGGACUGCAGCUGGCGGCAUGGGCCCUCGUCGUCUUGCACCUGCACGGAAGAGCGUCGGCCAACGCUUACGCGAGGUACAAGAACGCAGCCAGCGUCUCGCCGCAGGACAGCGCGGUGCGCGUGGGCCACGACCUCACGGCCGUGUGCGAGGUGCGUGACGGCGCGGGCCUGGGGGCCGCGGAUCUGCGCUGGGUUCUGAACGCCACGCCGCUGGGCGCGCCGGCAGUCCGCGUGCUGGACGCGCGGCGCUCCGAGGUGACCCUGACGGCGCUCGCGCCCUCGCUGCCCAGCGGACACAACCUCCUGUGCGUGCACCGCGACGGAGACGUCUUGCUCGCAGGCUCCGUGGUCUACGUGGGCGAGCCCCCCACGGCUCCGACGGAGCUGCAGUGCCGCUCGAAGCUGUCGGAGGACAUGACGUGCACGUGGAGACCCUCGGCCGAGACCCACAUCCACACCAGGCACACCCUGGCGUACCGUCUCACAGACGGCACGGAGGCCGAGUGCGAGGACUACGAGACGAGCGGGGCCAACUCGUGCUUCUUCCGACGGGAAAACCUCUACCUGUUCGUGACGUACAGGAUCUGGGUGGUCGCCCACAACCUGCUGGGCAACGCCACCUCGGCGGUGCUGUCCGUCGACCCCAUGAACGUCGCGCAGCCGCCUCCGCCAGCCAACGUGCUUGUGGUUGGGCCUCCCAAAUACCCCAAGCAGCUGGACGUGAGCUGGACGUACCCUUCUGCCGCUGACCCCUCCUUCUACCCCCUGCAGUUCCAGCUGCGCUACCGCAGGCACGGCACUUCUGAUUGGCAGACGAAGGAGGUGGGCACGCAGGUGACGUACGGCCUGUACGGGCUGCGUGCCGGGACGCGCCACCACGUGGAGCUGCGCUGCCGCCACUCCUCCUCCUCCUCGGGGGGCAGGGGCCACUGGAGCGAGUGGAGCCGCACCGUCACAGCAAGCACCGCGCCCGCACUCAAGCAGAAGUCUCAGCAGAUGCCCCUGAAGCAGCGCAAAAUGCUCCCGAUCCAUGGGACUUCGAUUAUGAGACGACUGAACCGGGGAGGACGGCGCAGAGGGCGCAAGGGUCAGAGGAAGCAGCCGGCACCGGAGGGACCCUGAGCGUGGUGGGGAUGGUGCCAAGCCACGCUGCAACGUUUCCCAGAGCUCCUGGCCAUGACGGCAGUGCCCACCGCUGUGAUUAUCCUCCUCUUGCUUCUUCCCCCCCCCCUCCUCAUCCUCCUCUUAAGCCACGAGGUUCCAUCGUCGCACGCGGUCGGCUGCUCGCGCUUUCUCUCUCUCCCCACGGAGCUUCUAGACCGCGCCUCUUCUACUCCAGUCGCACGUUCCGCGCUCACAUCUGGAUCCAAACUCCAGCCUCGCCCUCCACGACUCCCUCCUCCCUGCACCGGUGGUCUCUCCUUAGCCCUGCUCAUCACGUCUUCUUACAUCUUGUUGCGUUGCCCCUUUUAUAUAUAUAUCGAUUGCACCUUUACAUAUGCGUGCACAGUGUUCAAUGCAAGAUGAUAGACUGCCUCAUUGCAUAUAUUUAUAUUGAAUGUCUGUAUAACAAUUAUUAGGAACUCGUGAUGACUAACAAAUGAUUUAAUAUUAUAUACGCACAACAAAUGGUUACGUUUUGUAGUCUACGGUGUUCGUUGUGUAGUAGCCGGGCCAUGGUAAAGAUCAUCAGCAUCCUCGUCAACCAUGACCAAUCCACUGCUGGAUGAAGGCCUCCCCAGGAUGCCACCAUCUCUCGUGGCCUCGCAAUGCAACAAGCCCAAAGCUCUUGCAGAUGCACUCGCGUCAUCGCUCCAGGUGAUUUUGUGGACUUUCACUAUCCUAAGAGUGCACAUUAUAUGCACUCGAAUCCAUGUGAAAUCUCACUUCAAAAAAGUCUUAAGUUAAAUACUUUGGAGGAGAAACCAUGUUACUGGAUUCUCAGAUCAACACACUCAUUAGGGAGAAUAAACUUGUUAGCCGUGUUGUUCCCUUUCAUUGCGGAUUUGACCACCGAAGAAAUUACCCAAAGACCAGUUGGAGAUUCUGACCUUUGAAAGGAAUAACUGACGCACAAUGAACAUCUAAAUUGUUCAUCUGCCCCAUUGCUAGUAGGAAGCUGCCGUACUGUGAUGGUUUGCUCAUCACUCGACGUGCAAUCCAGAUGUCGCCAGAUCGCCGCCGUCUUGGCCCGGCACUUGAGACAAUGGGCAUCAAGGUUUUGUAAAUCUCCCCGCAGGUCCACGCAGCAGCAGCAGCGAUUGGCAGGUCACGUGUGUCGGGGUAACGUGUGGGUGCUCACACCUUUUCUAAAGCAUUUGGCCAGCGUGAAGAAAGUCGGCCACACACCCUCGAGAGAACAUCUCUAGACCUCUCUUGAGUGGAGGCCCUUCCCCGCCAGCAGGGGCCCGAGCAAGACAUUGCAGGGCUGCACCUUUAACCGUUUUACCAUUGGCGGCACAUUACUCCACAGCGUAGGAAAUGGGAGUGGGGAUUCUUCAUAUUCGUCAGAAUUAUUCCCGGUUGGUGCCGGUCACCCCAACUCUGCCGCUUUACCACCUGGUCAGAGAGCGAGCGCAGGGACCAAGUCGAGCAAAUGUUCAACAUCGAUGAGAAAAUCUUCUUGGUUCUUUCGGUAAAGUCACGUAGAA